AUGGAGGACAUGUCGGCUGAGCUGCUGGAGUUGUGUCUUAAAUUCGCGAAGGACAUUGGGUGGUCAGAGGCAUCGGGGCAAGCAGGCCUGCCGCCCCAUCCUGGACAGCGGCCCGUGCGCAAGCCGAGGGAGAAGCGCAUGGGGCAUAAGACGUUUGACACUAGCUCUGAGGAGGAUUAUGAUGCAACAUGGCAACGGGGCCCAAGGGCAAGCGGUGCCGCGGGGCCUAGCCAACCUGCGGGCGGUGCAGCGGGCGGUACAGCGGGCGGCGAACUGACGGAUGCCACACAGCGGUUGAUCGCACGACACGUUCAGGAGUUCUUAACGGAACGUUGGAGUUUGUGUGAGCCGGGUACCCCACGAGAGGAGGAUGCACUAGAUUAUUGGGCACGGAAUAGUGCUCGAUGGCCCAUAGUGGCGUGGGUGGCCCGGCACUCAUUGUGUGUACCGGCUGGAAGUGGUGCGUCAGAACGGGGUUUCUCGGUAUCCGGCCAUACUGUGCGAUCUCGGCGGGCAUCUCUGGGGGACGAACGCAUUGAGCAGCUGACGUUUUUGUCCGGCAACACCGACUUGUAA